AAUGACUCUUGAAAAAAGUUUACUUUAUCUUCUUCUCUUCUUCUGCUUUUGGUAGUCGUCUAGUAAUUAAGAUUGAUAGCUAAGUAAAGCCAAGAUUUCUCUGGCUUGUUUUUCAAGAGGAAUAACGUAAGCGAGCAAAAAGCUCCACUUAUUGUCGGGAAGCAAGCUUCGAUUCUUUAAAUUCCUCCAAACAAAAAAACACAACGUGGAAACUUUUCUAUAAACCCUUUUCAAAUUCUGUGGAUUAGACCAGAAGAAAGAAGAAAAUUUACUAUAAACCCUUUUCGAUUCCACUAAUUGUUUUCACAAAACUCUGUUCUGUACUCUGUUUUUUGUUAGGUCAUUUUUUAGCAAAGAAGAAGAAGAGGAAUGGCGAUGCUAGUUGAUCCUCCAAAUGGGAUAAGACAAGAAGGGAAACAUUACUACACGAUGUGGCAAACAUUAUUCGAAAUCGACACUAAGUAUGUUCCGAUUAAGCCGAUUGGAAGAGGAGCUUAUGGUGUGGUUUGUUCUUCAAUCAACAGCGAAACCAAUGAGAGAGUUGCUAUUAAGAAGAUCCACAAUGUGUUUGAGAAUCGCAUCGAUGCUUUGAGAACAUUGAGAGAGCUUAAGCUUUUAAGGCAUGUGAGACACGAAAACGUUAUCUCCCUUAAGGAUGUUAUGCUGCCUACUCACAGGUACAGCUUCAGAGAUGUUUAUUUGGUCUAUGAGCUUAUGGAUUCUGAUUUGAAUCAGAUCAUCAAAUCCUCUCAGUCUCUCUCCGAUGAUCACUGCAAGUACUUCUUGUUUCAGUUGCUAAGAGGAUUGAAGUAUCUUCACUCAGCAAACAUCCUUCAUCGCGAUUUAAAGCCAGGGAAUCUCUUAGUGAAUGCUAAUUGUGAUCUAAAGAUUUGUGAUUUCGGGCUUGCGAGAACUUAUGAACAGUUUAUGACAGAGUAUGUGGUCACUCGUUGGUACCGAGCACCUGAGCUUCUUCUCUGUUGUGAUAACUACGGAACCUCCAUUGAUGUUUGGUCGGUAGGAUGCAUAUUCGCAGAGAUUCUUGGAAGAAAACCGAUAUUCCCGGGAACAGAAUGUCUCAACCAACUAAAGCUAAUCAUAAAUGUUGUUGGUAGCCAACAAGACUGGGAUCUCCAGUUCAUAGAUAACCAGAAAGCUAGGAGAUUUAUAAAGUCUCUUCCUUUCUCAAAGGGUACUCACUUUUCUCAUAUUUACCCGCACGCAAAUCCGCUGGCGAUAGAUUUGUUACAGAGGAUGCUUGUGUUUGAUCCAACCAAGAGAAUAUCGGUCAGCGAUGCGCUUUUACACCCCUACAUGGAGGGACUGUUGGAACCGGAAUGUAACCCGUCGGAAAAUGUUCCGGUCAGUAGUUUGGAGAUAGAUGAGAACAUGGAAGGAGAUAUGAUCAGGGAGAUGAUGUGGGAAGAGAUGCUUCAUUACCUCCCCCGAGCUUAAAUCAAUAUUUUGUAAAAUCAUCUCUCUAACACUUGUUUAUAACUUUAGUUUGUGGUAACUUGUAUUCGUCUUCCAUGUUUCUUUGUUACGUUGUUUUGUGCGGAAUGUCAUUGAGAUGUAUGCGUCAAAGUAGACUUUCGGUUAUUGAAAUUUGGUCUGGUUAUUUGAUUUAUACCGGAUCCGGUUUACUCCCCUC